CCAAAGAUAAAAAUCAGCGGAGGCUUCCGCACUCUGACCAGAGCGGGACGCAACCCGCGGAGGGGAUGAGAGGUCUCCAGAAGAGAACAAUCCGGGAGAUGACAGGGCGUGUAGAGCCAGGAGUCUCAGGCCUGUGUCUGCGCGAGCAGCAGAGAUUUGUGUGCCCCCGAGAUGCGUGCGUGUGUGUAUGUGUGUGUGACAGCGUGUCUCCGUGACGUCGUCUGCGUUUGCAUGUCAGUGACAGAUACUUGAUUUGUGCUUAUUUAACUUCAUGGCUUAUGGGUGACCGACGGUUGUGUGGCCGUGUGGGUUGUCAUUGGAACGCACGGCUCUAGGCUCCGCGGAUCCUCCGCCCUGUGUCCUCACAGCCACUUGGGGACGGCCGCAGAUAAAAGAGGGAAGCCAGAUUCGGGGCCUUAGAAUGGAAGAAUGGAGAAUUACAGCAAGGUCACACAGACUUGAUCUUGAGAUGAGAUUUUUUUUUUUUUUUUUUUUUUUUUUUUGAAGCUCGAUGUGGCCCCAAGGCAGGCUUUUGGAAAGACCUGAUGAGGUCCCAGGAGUAGGAGUAGGAUCCCCCCUGGAAGCUCCUAGAGGUCACCUACAUGUUUCCUAACCACAGCAUUUCCAGAACUCCGGCCCCAGGAACAUGCUGUGAAUGGAGAUAGAUUCCACCCGAGACGUCAGUGAUCCUGGCCUCUCUCAUACUGGGAAGGUCAACACUGCCUUUCUACUCCCAGUCUGGUUGUGUGUGUGGGACUGGUGUUAGAAGUUACUGUGCUAUCCAAGAAAAUCCUGAUGUCUCAUGAUUGCUUUCUCUUUUCCCAGUGCUGCCAGUCUCUUAAAAAAAAAAAAAAAAGAUACUGAGAGCAAAAAGAAUUUUUGUUACACAUCUAAAAGUUAAAGUUCAGCUCUGGCUUCUCUGAACUCAGCUUCCCUAAUAGAGGAAACCUGAAGAAGACAGGUGGUUUGAAAACCAUGGCCCAGGUGCCAUUGACAUUCAGUGAUGUUGCCAUAGACUUUUCUCAGGAGGAGUGGGAAUGCCUAAAUUCUGAUCAGAGGGAUUUGUACAGAGAUGUGAUGUUGGAGAAUUAUACUAACUUGGUCUCACUGGACUUUGAUUUUACAACUGAGACCAACAAGUUAUCUUCAGAAAAAAGCAGUUAUGAAGUAAAUUCAUACCAUCGGGAGACAAUGAAAAGAAGUAAAACCUUCAACCUAAUGAGGUUUAUUUUCAGAAAUGACCCACAGUGCAGAAUUGAAUUUGGGAGAGAACAGGGACCCAACAUGGGAUGUUUUAGUCAAAUGACAUUUAUAAAACAUAUAUCUCUUCCUCUACAUCAGAGAAUUCACUCUAGAGAGAAAUCCUAUGAAUGUAAGGAAUGUAGGAGGGGCUUUAGAAAAAAAUCACACUUUACUGAACAUUUGAGAGACCAUAAUGGUGUAAGACCAUAUGAAUGUAAAGAAUGUGGAAAGGCCUUUAUAGUUCUCCAGCAUUUUAUUAGACAUAAAAAAAUGCACACUGAUUUGAAACCCUAUGGAUGUAAUGGAUGUGAGAAGGCCUUUAGGUUUUAUUCACAGCUUAUUCAACAUCAGAUAAUUCAUACUGGUGUAAAACCUUAUGAAUGUAAGCAAUGUGGGAAGUCUUUUAGACGUUAUUCUCACGUUACUGAACAUCAGAAAAUUCAUAUCGGUUUGAAACCCUAUGAAUGUAAUGAAUGUGGGGAAACUUUUAGAUUGUACCGACAUAUGUGCCUACAUCAGAAAAUGCAUCAUGGUGUGAAACCCUAUAUAUGCAAGGAAUGUGGGAAGGCUUUUGGUCAUCGCUCAAGUCUUUAUCAACAUAAGAAAAUUCAUUCUGGUGAGAAACCACAUAAAUGUAAACAAUGUGGAAAGGCCUUUGUUCGCAGCUAUCUACUUAUUGAACAUCAGAGAAGUCAUACUGGCGAGAAGCCUCAUGAAUGUAAGGACUGUGGAAAGGCCUUUAGUAGGGGCUCAAGCCUUCUUAAACAUAAGAGAAUUCAUAGUAGUGAGAAGCUCUAUGAUUGUAAGGAAUGCGGGAAGGCCUUCUGUAGAGGCUCUCAACUUACACAACAUCAAAGAAUUCAUACUGGUGAGAAGCCACAUGAAUGCAAAGAAUGUGGGAAGACAUUUAAGCUUCAUUCAUACCUUAUUCAACAUCAGAUAAUUCAUACUAAUUUGAAACCACAUGAAUGUAAACAAUGUGGGAAAGCCUUCAGUCGUGUUGGAGACCUUAAAACGCAUCAGUCAAUUCAUGCAGGGGAGAAACCAUAUGAAUGUAAGGAAUGUGGAAAAACCUUUAGACUUAAUUCUCAACUGAUUUAUCAUCAGACAGUUCAUACUGGUUUGAAACCAUAUGUAUGUAAAGAAUGUAAAAAGGCCUUUCGUUCUAUCUCAGGUCUUUCUCAACAUAAGAGAAUUCAUACUGGUGAAAAACCCUAUGAGUGUAAAGAAUGUGGUAAGGCCUUUAAUCGUAGUGAUCGUCUGACUCAGCAUCAGAGAAUACAUACUGGUGUGAAACCACACAAAUGUAAGGACUGUGGAAAGGCCUUUACUCAUUGCUAUCAACUUACCCAACAUCAAAGAUUUCAUAGUGGUGAGAAACUCUUGAUGUAGUGAGAGUCAGAAAGCCUUUUAGCCAUGGCACAUCCUUUACCAUUGUCACUAUUCCACCACCUAAUGAUGUUAUGGUAAAGAUUAAGUUAUUUAACAUAAAAAUAUAAAUGCUUAGAAAGGCAUCUGGCACAUAGUGUUUGUUUACUAAGUAUUGUGGUUUUUAAAUGAUAAUCACUAGUAUUACUGUAUAUAAAUUCAUGUGGAAGGAGGACUCUAUAAGCAUAUUUUUUUCAGAUAAUUCAUUCUGGACAAAAUCCCAUAGAAUAUAUUAAACAAGACCCUUUUUUAUUCAAAGCUCAACCCCUUGAAGGUUAAUAAGAAGAAACCCUGUGCCUUUAUUGAAUAUUGAGAAUUUAGCUGUUGAAAAACUAGAAAGUAGUUUGCAGAAACUUUUCUUACAAUCAAUCAAUUCUGUAAUACAAAUAACAUACAAUCCACAUUCCCUACAAUUGAAAUAAAUUAAAAACUAAUAAUUUGGUAGCCAAAGACAUACGUUGACUUGCAAAAGUGUUCCUCAAGUUUUUGAAAGUUUCCAAACUUACAUAAAAGGUACAGCAGUGUUACAAUGAUGUUUUUUUGCCCUCCACCUAGAUUCAAUAUCUAAUAUUUCUCUCUCUAUGUAUGAACAUGUAUAUGUACAGAUGCACAAAUACCACAUAUCAUUCUUAUUGCAUAUUGAAUGUAUUUUACAUAUAUCAUUUUGCUGUGUUUUUCAGUGAAUGUUUUAGAUAUCACUUCACCUCUAAAAAGUCAACAUACAAUUCUUAGAAUUAAGGAUAAUCUUCUAGAUGACCAUUAACCCACUGUUACCUAAAAAGACAUUAACAAUAACCCUAUAUUGUUUCACAACAUUCAGCCCAUUUACAAAUUUUUCUGAUUGUUUAAAGAACAUCUUCUAAAAGUGCUGGAUUUUUAAAAAGUCAAAAACCAAACUAAGCUCAUAUAUGUUCUAUGACUGUGGCUUGUUGAGGCUGAUAAGAAUUGGUCAAGAAUUUACUCUCCACCUCCUUACCUUUUUUGAAGACUCAGAAGAAGUAACCUACAUAAUAUUGUUAAUUCCAUAUUUGUCCUUUUUCUCAAGGUGGGCUUAACUUUUCCUCUUUCCUUUGUAUUUAUUUUGAACUGAAGGUUAUGUCUAGAGGCUUGAUUAGGUUUCAGAUUACACAUUUUUUACAAGACAACUUCAUAGGUAAUAGUGUACUUAAUAUUAUAAAAUAUCAGUUGGCAUACCA